AGCCAUAGUUUCACAACAGUUCGGUUGCUAGGGAUUCUAGGCGUCUUCCUAGUCUGGUUGCUAGCUAAUGUGUUAGCUAGCUGUCUGUCUUGUUUUUAUGCAUAACCUUGCACUUAGUCAACAUAUAAAUAAAGAUACAUCUAUUUAAAGGUUUAAUAUUAAUUCAUAUUUCGAAGUAGACUGCAAUGUGAAAAAGCCAGUGUUUACAACUUCACAUGAGUUCCGGGGAGAUAAAGGAGAUGGGGGACAUCUUGGCCAAUGAAGCUGAUCUUCUCGGGAUGAUCAAGGAGUAUUUGAAGUAUGGUGAAUUUGAAGAGACAGUUCAUCACUUUGAGAAGGAGUGUAAAAACAAGGGGAAAGUUGUUCCAAAGCCCAGAGGCAACAGUCUUCGGGACUCGAAAACGCUGAUUAUCCAGAAGGACCUGUUGAGCUCAUUUGAUGACGGCGACUUCAAGGUGUUCUUCGAGCUGUGGACAGAGUUUGUCCCUUUGGAGGUCAGGGACUGUGACCCUCAUGCCCAGAAACUGGAGUUUUACCUUCAUGUCCACUUCACCAUCUUCCCCCUGAAAAUCCACUUGGGCAGACAUGACCGAGCGGACUUUGAGGUGAGGAUCACCCACUUCAAGAACUACCUGGAGACGCGAGGGGCAGCACUCAGUCAGACCACUGAGUUCCUACCCUACUACGCCCUCCCCUUCGUGCCCAACCCCAUGGUGCACCCCUCCUUCAGAGAUCUCUUCCAGGAUUCCUGGAUUCCAGAGAUGAAGCAAGAGUUGGAGAAGUUCCUGACUGUGACACUGAAAGUGUCCAACACUCCAAGGCUUCUGUCGUUAUAUAAGGAUGGCGGAAGGAAUACCAAAGACACCAUACAGCAGCUGCAGCUGCAGCUGGCCGAAGCAGAGAAGAGGACCAGCAGCUACAUGAGGAGGUUCAAUAAGAUGCAGGCCGACCACCACAACCUGAUAGGAGUCACUGCCGAGCUGGUGGACUCUCUGGAGGCUACAGUCAGUGGGAAAAUGAUCUCCCCGGAAUACCUCCAGAGUGUGUGCGUGCGUCUCUUCAGUAGCCAGUUGAGGCAGAGUGCGGCGCAGAGCAUCGACUUCACCAGGCCUGGCACUGGAUAUUACUCUAUGAGUCCUUAUGAUGACGGAUAUGCUUCCUCGUUGCUACGAGCGUCUAUUGCACCUCAGAGGCCUAAGGAGGUGCCACUGCUGCCCUCUCUGGACUAUGACAAGCUGAAGAGAGACUUGCUGGGGGGAUCAGACAGACUCAAGGCCCUGCUGCUCCAGGCCCUGUGCUGGAGACUGACCCGUUCUCUCCAAGGUGAGCAGCGGGACACGGUACUGCAGGCCUACAUUAGCAACCACCUCCUGGAUCACCACAGCACCAGACAGAAAUCUGUGCUCCUCUUGAUGAGGUCGAAGAACGAGAUGGUCAGGCAGUACAUGGCUCGUCUCAUCAAUGCUUUCGCUUCCCUCGCAGAGGGUCGUGUGUACCUGUCCCAGGUCCCGUCUUUGUUGAGGCUGCUCAUUGAGUCUCUAAGGACAGAGGAGAAGGACUCUGUGAGCAGAGAGAAUGUCCUGGGAGCCCUGCAGAAACUCAGCCUCAGGAGGAGCCAGCAGUCAGCCAUGAUAGAGGACGGUCUCAUUGACUGGCUGGUAGAUGAGCUGCAGGACUCUGACUGUCUGUCUGACUACACUCUGGAGUACGCUGUGGCCCUGCUCAUGAACCUAUGUCUACGCACCAGAGGAAAGAGGAAGUGUGCUGAGAACCCUAAACACGUGCUGAAGGUUCUAACUGACCUUCUGGGACACGAGAACCACGAGAUAAGGCCGUACGUGAACGGAACACUGUAUAGCAUCCUGUGUAUUCAUGCAGUGCGAGAGGAAGCCAAGGAGAUGAGUAUGGAGGAGAUCCUUCGCUGCUACAGUAAAGAGGAGAACCCGGAGCUCAACAGGCAGAUUGAGUUCAUUAUCAAACAGCUCAACUCAGGGGAGGCGACUGAAGAGGGACCAGAGUCUGAUGACGAAGAGGAGGAUGACGAUGAUGAAGAAGACGCGAUAGAAACGGACCUGGACAAAGAGGAAGUGCUUCAGCUGCAGCCCAGAGAGUUGUCCGGAGAGACACUACUGACCACAGAGUACCUGGGGAUCAUGACCAACAUGGCGACGAGGGUGAAGAGGAGAUCGGCUGCUCCUCUUGGACGAAGUGUCGACGAACCCCUGCAGCGACCCGUGACCCCCAGCUCCCACCGAAACACACACAUCAUAGGUUGUAGUCUUACAACUUCAAGGUGACAUACUUGAUAUUCGUCGGAGUCAACAACAUCUCCAAACUCUAAUCCACCGUAAAUUCAGACGUCUGAGUGAAGAGCAACAACUGAGCGCAAUGGAAUUCGGAGACUCACUGAGCACUCUCACCCACAAGCUAACAGAGCUCAGUGAGCAUAGAAGGGAAGUUACUGCCGCCAUGGACAGGCAGUUUGAACACCAAAGAACUCAAUUCUCCACCACCCUCUAGUGGCGCCUGAAACAUCACCACACUGAGGUCCUCAAGGACGCAAAUUCAGUAUUUUCUCCUCUGGUUAACACUGUAGACCACUUGCAGACAGAGCUCUCCACUAGGCACCUUUGUUUGUACAGAGCUUCUCUGGUGUCCACUUCUGGUUCAGACCACUGAGGGCCAGGCUGGCACCUCAGAACAGUCAAGACAAAGCCAUGCUGCAGCCACCCCUUACAGUUACCCAAGCCAGACCAUCAACCACAGCCAGAGUUUCCAGCCAAGACUCCUUCGGUGUUCUGUUGGAGAUGUAGCAAAGGGGGACAUUCUCCGACUGCAUGUCCAAAUCAGUAUCAAGUAAACCCCUCCUGAAACCACAAACCGUACAAGUCACAACAGGCCAACACUCCCAUCACAAGAACGACUAUACUACUCUGGCUGCUCUGACUAGAGCUGAAACCCCAAGAGUCUCUGCCUGCACCCACCCAUAGACAUCCUCUUCCUUUCAGCCCGUACCGCACCAGCUGGUGUUACCCCCAUCUAUAGGCCCUUGGACAGGAAGAGCCAUCCUGGACACCGGGUCAUCCUACACAUUGCUCAAUGAGAAGCUAUGUAGGUUCAUCCUACACAUUGCUCAAUGAAAAGCUAUGGAAGGAGGUGAAAAGUCCACAAUACAACAUGAAGCCAUGGACAGAAGGUCCAUUAUAUCUGGCUAACGGUGAGGCUAAACGACCACUUGGAUAGAGUGAGGUAGAGUUCCGCCUGUGUAACCACUCCUAUAUGAUUCCUUCUGUUAUUCUGCCUUCCAAGACCUUUGCUUUUUCUUUCAUGUUGGUAAUUGAUUUCAUGUACUUCUGUGGUGUCCAGAUUGACAUUGCAGAGAGAGAAGCAUUUCUUCCAAGUCAAAACUACGAAGUUGCAUGAUUGGGCUCCAAGUAUGGGACUCUUCUCUGCCGUUGCUCCGGUACAGUUAACCCCUGGUAAUCCGGUUGAUUAUCUCUUUUUACAGGCUGCUAGAAGAGCUCAGCUGGAACAGCCAGAGGAGUUACGACUUGCAACAAUUGCAAAAUAUCUCAGAUGUAUAUACCUCGAAGCUGGGAUGCAUUGGGAUCCUGAAGCACAAAAUAUUCCUUACACAGGAAAUUCCUAUCAAGCAGAAGCCAUAUUGUCUGUCCCCAGCAAAGCUCAUUAUCCAAAAGGCACUCAUUAAUUAUAUGUUGACACGAGAUAUAAUUGAACGUUCCUCCUUUCCUUGGGCUCCUCCUGUUAUCCUCAUCCCUAAAAAGACUGGUGGUUUUAGAUUUUGUGUGGAUUAUAAGAAGACAAACAACAUCUCCCAGUCUGAUGCCUAUCCUCUUCCCACCAUCCAAGAGAUCCAGAAGUUAUUGUCUGGCAAUGUUGUGUUCACCAACCUCCUUUCUCUGCCAGAGAUCUGUUAAGGAUUGGAUUGACUGACUGCUCGGCUGACUACACUUUUUCUUCCAACUGGUAUUUAUUUUGUUUUAGUGUGAUUUUAUACCGUGUUGGUUUAAGUGUUCAGUUGUAGGUGAAGACUUCUGAGAUUUCUGAUCAUCUUUAUUUUCUGUGGAACUGGAGUUUAUUGAAAUCUGUUUAUAUGAAUGAGACCGGUUUUAUGAAUCGCUUUAUGAAUGGACAAACAUUGCGUGACUGAGGUGACUUGAGUUCACUUGAAAUCAUUUACCGGGCUGGACUCUUUUUUAGGCCGGAGGUAUGUGACUUUUCUUGAGGAACCAAGUGACAUUGUUUUUUAAGGGUUUAUGAAAAAAGUGUAUUUGUAUACUGACUUUUACAUGAGUCCUUUGUAUUGGUGUAGACUUGACGGAUCAGACGGGACUCAUUCCCUCACAAACAAAAAAGGAAAAAUCUAUAUUUUCUCUGGUAGCCACGACCUAACUGGCACCCCUAACAAACAGUAACCUUAAGUGAAAACCGUUACAAAACGCUUUCUGUUGUUGUUGAUCAGUCUCUCAUGUCGCUGUGGAGGAAUUUUGGCCCACUCUUCCAUGCAGAAGUGCUUUAACUCAGCGACGAGAUGGGUCCCAUUAUGUCUGGCAAAAACCAAACACUGCAUUCCACAGUAAGAACCUUAUACCAACGGUCAAGCAUGGUGGUGGUAGUGUGAUGGUUUGGGGAUGCUUUGCUGCCUCAGGACCUGGACGACUUGCCUUAAUAGAAGGAACCAUGAAUUCGGCUCUGUAUCAGAUAAUUCUAAAAGCCAUCUGUCUGUGAGCUGAAACUGAAGCGCAGCUGGGUCAUGUUGAAAGACAAUGGUCCAAAACACACAAUCAAGUCUACAUGAAAAUGAUUAAAAAGCAACAAAUUAGAAGUUUUGGAAUGGCCUAGUCAAAGUCCAAACAUAAUCCCAAUUGAGAUGUUGUGGCAGGACUUGAAACGUACAGUUCAUGCUUGAAAAUCCACAAAUGUCGCUGAGUUAAAGCAGUUCUGCUUGGAAAAGCUGUCCAAAAUUCUUCCACAGCGACAUGAGAGACUGAUCAAGAACUACAGGAAGCAUUUGACUGGAGUCAUUGCAGCUAAAGGUGGCGCAACCAGUUAUUGAGCGUUAGGGGGCAAUUACUUUUGAACAGGGGAAUUGGGUGUUGCAUAACUUUGUUAAUUAAAUAAAUAAAAGUAUAAUUUGUUGGUGUUAUUUGUAAGCUCAGGUUCCCUUUAUCUAAUAUUAGGUUUUGGUUGAAGAUCUGAUAACAUGCAGUAUAAAAAAUAUGUGAAAAUCAGAAAGUGGACACGGCACUGUAACCAAAGUAACAUAUAAUGACAAAGUAACCUGACACUGCUUGAUAAAUACCUCAAAAUCAACAGGGCCAACAAAGUAACCUGACAUUGCAUGAUAAAUACCUCAAUAUCAACAGGGGAGACAAAGCAAAAACAUGACACAAGGCAUUGGCAGAAUAAGGCCCCCGAGGACCAACGAUGCAUCAUAGUGUAGGUAGACAGACACCUUGCAAUACAACGUAUCAACUUAUGUAAACACUAAAAAUUGCUAUUAGCAAAGGUGCUUAGAGUGAUUUGAGAGAGAGAUAACGUCAGACUAGCAGCAAAAGUAUUGCUAAUGGAUAAUUGGUAGUGUACCAAUGUAUACUGCUAAAAAAAAAAUAAAGGGAACACUUAAACAACACAAUGUAACUCCAAGUCAAUCACACUUCUGUGAAAUCAAACUGUCCACUUAGGAAGCAACACUGAUUGACAAUACAUUUCACAUGCUGUUGUGCAAAUGG